AUGGGUGACAUAGAAGAGGUGCAAGAACAAAUGAAGGCCGAUAUGGAGGCCAUGAAGGAUCAAGUGGCUUCCAUGAUGGAAGCCAUGUUAAGCAUGAAGAGAAUGAAGGAAAGAAACACGGCCGCAAUUGUCGCCUCCAGCACCGCCACUGAGGCGAAUCCUACCCAUCCCUCUGCCAUAAACCAAGCGAACCAACCCGCCCCGGACAUGGUGGGACAAGGAGGGGAAGUGUUGGGUAGUACCAGUGGUCCACACAUGGGGUAUAAUAGGAAUGCUUACGCCUAUGGCUUACCCCCAAAUUAUACGCCGCCCACCAUGCACAUGCCUAACGAGAACAUUAAUCAUGUCGUUCCCGUUACCUUUGAAGUAAGGGGGCCGCCUCUAGCAGUGGAAGGGAGAGAGAAACUUGAUCUCAUCGAAGAGAGACUAAGGGUUGUCGAAGGGUUCGGUGAUUACCCUUUCGCUGACAUGACAGAAUUGUGUUUGGUACCUGAUGUUGUCAUCCCUCCAAAGUUCAAGGUACCAAAUUUUGAUAAAUACAAAGGGACCACUUGCCCCAAAAAUCACCUGAAGAUGUAUUGCCGAAAAAUGGGGGCAUACUCUAAGUACAAGAAACUGUUGAUGCAUUUCUUCCAAGAAAGUUUGGCUGGGGCAGCAGUCAUCUGA